AUGCCGGCGAGAGAGUACAAUGAUGCCACCAGUGAACCGGUGCAGCAACAAGACGGCCAACAAGGACGGGACUCUAGUGUGAGACCGUCUCCGGCGGCCACUGAGCAGGCUGCCAGCAUUAGCAGCACGGUGGACUCGGCCACCAAAGAAGAGGACGUCCAUUUCCGUAUUUGUGAGGAGAUGUCGCGGCCCAGGCAGGUCGCCCUCUCGCCUUCUCCCCAAUCUCAAAAUACGGACCGACAUGAGGUGAUUGAGCUGCAUGAAGGCGUGAAUCCGAUGACCAUCCUCGGCGAGGCUCUGGGGCGGCAGCAUCCUAAUCGCUUUGUCAGGGUCAUAGUCGAGGACAACCACCCCAAGUCCUAUCCGCGACAAUACAUUGCCGGGUUUGACUAUGCCGACGUGGUGUAUCUCGAGGCCAAAGGCGGUCUCAGCUUACCCCCUCGACCCAUUCGCGAUGAACUGCUCCGGUUGUACUUUUCACAUGUCUAUCCUUACGCUCCGAUCCUCGAUCGAGUCAAGUUCAUGCAGGACUACGCUGCGGACCAACACUCGACCUUUGUCCUGCAGUCUCUUUUCGCCAACGUCGUCCCGUACGCUCCCGAGCACCUCCUCCGACAGGCCGGGUACGAGGACCGGAUCACGGCGCAGAAACAGCUCUACGCCAAAGCCGCGCUGCUGUACGACAUGGGAUACGAGAAGAACCAGCUAUACCUGCUGCAAGGGUCCAUAAUGCUCAGCUCCCUGUCCUUUUCGUACGCCAUCGACAAGGACUACCGGUACUGGCUCACCAACGCCGGACGGAUCGCGACCCAGAUGGGGCUUCAUCGGAACUACGUGUCCCAGAAUCUCGGGAGGCGCUCCAAAAGACUCUUCCGCAGCAUCUGGUGGGUUCUGUACGAUCGGGACACGCUGCUGACCAUCUCGGGCCUCGACAACCUCAAGCGGUUCGACGAGAGGUACUGCGACACGGCACCCCUUGAAGAAUCGGACUGGGAGGACGAAGACGAAGUGCCGGCCGAGUUUCGAGACAUCCUCCCGCCGGUGACGCGGGUUCAAAAGGCGUUCAUGAUGGAGUAUAGCAAGUUGUCAAUCAUCAGCGGGUAUUUCAUUCGCGAUUUCAAGACGCCAGCCAAACCACCGACUUUUGUCGAGAUUGACCGGCUGAGCAAUCAGAUCACGUCGUGGAGAAAACAGCUCCCCCUCGAGAUCAUCCACGCCUUGCAGGACGAGUGGACGCCCGACCACGUCCUGAUCCUGGUCUUGCUCGCCAUGGGGUACCGCCUCGAGGCGGUCUUUGCCCGUGCGGCCAAGGACCAUUACCGGACCAGUGGCAGCAGCAGUGGCGGCGACGUGGGGUGCGUGCAGCGUAUGGCGCAGCGCCAGGAGAAUGCCAUGUUUGAGCUGUCCACCAUGAUCCAGCGCGCCUCGCUGCACGAUGUUCUCCAUCUGUGCCCUCUAUCCUUGUAA